AUGAGUUUUGAGAAAAUGAACGGAUUGGAAGUGAACAGGUUGAAGUUAGUGAAGCAGAUAAUCUUUUUAUUUGUCGGUAUAAUUACCAUCGUUUCCGCUCCCAUUGUCUAUUGGAAGCUCGACAACGAUAUUCUGUCAGCACCGUUUUUGACAGAACACGAGCGCAUGCAAGCAAUCGAGAGAGUCCGUGUCAACCAGACGGGUAUUGGAUGUAAUGCUAUUUUCAAAUGGGACCAUGUCUUCGAGACACUUCUCGAACCAAAGACUUACCUUUUGAUCAGCAUGAGUCUGCUCCUCAACGUCGGCGACUCAGUGGUAAAUGUUUUCGGCCCCAUCAUCUUGAAUAGUUUCGGCUUCACCGAAUAUCGUACCUCGCUGCUCAACAUACCAUUUGUGGUUCUCCCAGUUAUCGCAGGCCUUGAAGAGGAAGAAGUGCUCAACGGGGCAGCCCUUCUUGCAGCAUACUAUCUCCUCGCCUUCCUUUUCGGUGGAAACCCGCUCAUCGUCGCCUGGAUCGUUGGAAACACCGCCGGCAUGACGGGAAAUAUCGGCCGGCUCGCACUAUUUGGUGUGUUCAUUGUUCUUGCCGCAGUGGUUAUUCUGCAAGUCAUGAACCUGAGGGUCUUAAACAAAUUGCAUCAGCGAUCGCGUGUCGCGGCGGGGAAACAGGCGGUUAUUAAGGAUUACUCCAUGGAUCGUAACUAA